AUGGGAAACUGCUGUAGACGUGAAUCGAGGUCGAUGGUAUGGGCUGGUGAUGACUGGGGCUCUGUCACGUCAAAGAUCGACGAAGAAGCUGAUCAUCAAAAAACUAAUUACAACGUGGAAAGGCUGAGGCUUCUUGGUGAAAAUGGAGAUUUUGCUUUGUCUAAUUCUUCGACUUCUACCGGUACUACUACGGGGGCUGCUACACGAGAGGUGAGGGUCAAGAUCACAAAGAAGGAACUGGAGGAGUUGGUGGGGAGAGUGGACGUGCGAGGUUUGUCUGCGAAACAGAUCUUGGCUCGGUUGAUGGAUGCUGCGGAUCAUAUAUACGAUGAGGCGGAGCAUGAUCAUCGGUCGUGGAGGCCGGCCCUGCAAAGUAUUCCAGAGGACAAUUAA